GCUGGACUUACUCCCUCUUAGCUCCCUGCAAGCCCGGCUGGCUGCUUGACUCUUCGCUCAUUCGCUCGCAGCGCUGGUACUAAGAUGAUGCACCUGACCUACCCCUGCGGAUCACUAUCGGAGCAUUUACAAACGCACCACAUUGAACGGAGUAUUUUAAUUUAGGCAACACGUCGGUGUGUUUUUGCAAAGUUCUGAACAAGCUGGGAGUAUUAUCUGAUCAUGCGUAAUUUGGCGCCCGUGUGGAUGUUUCGCUGACGCCAAUUUCAACACUGUUUCAUAUUCCGAGGAGGGACAGACAAGCAUGGACUAAGCCUUUCUAUUUACAUUUACAUUCACAAUGGGCUCGUUCAAAGUUUCUUUUGCGCUUUGUACUUUUUGCCUCUUGUCAGUUUCAGGUUUCGGGGUCGACCCUGCCCAGCGUGUUAAUGUCUUCGACGAAUUGAAGCUCGGAGAGACGUUUGCUGGAGUUUCCCAAGUUCAGGGCUUCCACAACGACAGCAGAGCAUACCUGUUUCAAGACUCGAGGAGGAGUGUGCGGGCCUCUGCUGAGGUAGCGGAGCAGGUGUUUGAGCGUCUGAGAGGCAGGGCUGAGUUCACCCUGCUGUUCACAGUCAAGCAGGAGCGCCUCAACUCAGGGGUGUUGCUCUCCAUACACUAUGCUGAACAAAGGUUCCUGGAGCUGGAGAGCAGUGGUCCACGCAGCGAGAUCCGGCUGCACUACAGCACCAGUGGGCAGCGCGCCCACACCGAGGUGUUCCCCUACAGCCUCGCCGACGACCGCUGGCACAAGGUUGCCGUGGGGAUCAGUGCCUCGCACCUGGUGCUACAUGUGGACUGCAGCAAGAUUUAUGAGAGAGUGGUGGAUUCUCCCUACAUGGACAUUCCCAGUGGAAGCACCCUGUGGCUCGGACAGAGGAACAAAGCACACGGCUUCUUUAAGGGUAUCAUGCAGGAUGUGCAUCUGGUGAUGAUGCCCCAGGGUCACGUGGCCCAGUGCCCCGACCUCAACCGCACCUGCCCUACGUGCAAUGAUUUCCAUGGGUUGGUACAGAAGAUCAUGGAGCUGCAGGAUAUCCUGGCCAAAACCUCCAGCAAGCUGACCCGUGCGGAGGAGAAGAUGAUGAGGCUGGACGGAGAGACCUACAGGGAAGACGAGUCGUGGAUAGACGGAUGCAAGAACUGCACAUGCUCAAAUGGCACAGUCCAGUGUGAGGCCAUUUUCUGCCCGCCUCCUCAGUGUCCCCCAGACACUGCUCCAGCCUACAUGCCUGCUGCUUGCUGCAAAGAGUGCCAGCCUGUGUGUCUGUUUAGGGGCCGUGUGUACGUGGAGGGUGAGAGGAAGAGUGUACGUGACGUGGCGGGGAACUGCCUGCUGUUUGAAUGUCAGGACCGCUCCAUGCGACGGGUGGAGAUUUCUGCUUGUCCUGAGCUGAGCUGUCCAGAGUCUGAGCAGAUUACACUGACAGAUCGCUGCUGCAGAGUCUGCCGAGGCCAUGACUUCUGUGCUGAGGGCCAUAGCCAGAGCUGUGUGGAGAACUCCGACUGUGUUAAUCUGGAGGCCGGGGCGUGCUGCAGCUGCAAAGAUGGCUACCGCGCGCUCCGAGACGACAGCGCCUACUGCCAAGAUAUAGACGAGUGUGCCGAGGGGAAGCACUACUGCAGAGAGAACACUGUGUGUGUGAACACACCCGGCUCCUUCAUGUGUAUCUGCCACGCCGGGUUCAUCCGCAUCGACGACUACUCCUGCACAGAGCAUGAUGAGUGUGUGACCGGUCAGCACGGCUGUGAUGAGAACGCUCUCUGCUUCAACACCGUGGGUGGACACAGCUGUUCCUGCAAGCCCGGCUUCGUCGGAAACGGCACCAUCUGCAAGCCUUUGUGUGAUGGCCUCUGUCAAAAUGGCGGCUCGUGUGUUUCCCCGGACGCCUGCAUCUGCCUGCAGGGCUUCACAGGGAAGAGGUGUGAGACAGACAUUGACGAGUGUGAGAACGGCUUUGUGGAGUGCGACAGCCGAGCCACCUGCGUCAACCUGCCAGGCUGGUACCACUGCGAGUGCCGCGACGGCUACCACGACAACGGGAUGUUCUCAGCCAAUGGGGAGUCGUGUGAAGACAUAGACGAGUGUGAGGGCGGCAGACACACCUGUUCCAAUGACACCAUGUGCUUCAACAUGGACGGAGGCUACGACUGCAGGUGCCCUCACGGCAGGAACUGCUCCGGCGACUGUCACUUUGAAAACAAAGUCAAGCACAACGGGCAGAUCUGGGUGCUGGACAGUGACAGGUGCUCCGUCUGCUCCUGCCAGAGUGGUCAGGUGAUGUGUCGGAGGAUGGUGUGUGACUGUGAGAACCCCACUGCGGACCUGUUCUGCUGCCCAGAGUGUGACCCGCGCCUCAGCAGCCAGUGUCUGCACCAGAACGGCCUCCUCACCUACAGCAGUGGAGACACCUGGGUUGAGAACUGCCAGCAGUGCCAGUGUAUGCAAGGUGAGGUGGACUGCUGGCCGGUGUCGUGCCCGCCGGUGCUGGACUGUGAGUUCACCGUGGUGCCAGAGGGCGAGGGCGAGUGCUGCCCGCGAUGCGUCACCGACCCCUGCCAGGCAGACACCGUGCGCAAUGACAUCACCAAGACAUGCACCGACGAGCACGGAGUCACCCGCUUCAGCGGCUCCGCCUGGACCAAGCACAGCACCGAGUGCACCCUCUGCCAGUGCAAGAAUGGCCAUGUGUGUUGUUCAGUGGAUCCCCUGUGCCUUUAGUUUCGCUACAGGGGUGGUCCCUCCCUCCCUCCCUCCCUCCCUCCCGCGCUCUCUCCCUCCAUCCGUCCAGCAGCAUCCUUCCUCUCCUCUGCUCUGUACAGCCCAGUCUUCACACUCCCUUAAACCCAUUUUAUACCAGACGCCCCUGUGAGCACCACACUAAUCCAGCUCCAGGACCACCCCGCCUCCCCAGUCGCCCCUGCCCAGGAAAGAGGCUUCGGUCCCAGGCAAGACUGCCUGGGUGGUCAUGGGGGCUUCCUUCUCCAUUCAUGCUGUUUCCUGUAAAUAGGCCCCUCAGAUAGCACUACUGGCAUGACAGCUAACAGUGUUGAUUGUUUUGCGAAAUUGAGGAUUCAAGUUUAUCUGUCAAAGGAAGAGAAGAGGCUGAGAAAGAUGAUGAUAUCUUGAUAUUGUGAGGUUUUUUUUUUCUUUUUUUUUGUUUGGUUGGAUUGUUUUGAUUUCCUGUUUCUGUUUUGUUUAUUUUUUUAUUUUAUUUUUUUUUUGAAGAUUGUUAAUAUUUUGGUGGUGGUUUGUGCAUUUGCUUUGUUUGUUUUCUGCAGUCAGUGUUUAAGUUAUUUGAUGGCUUUGGUGUUGUGAAACAGUGAAAAUAAAGAUUUCCUUUUAAACGACA